AUGGUGAAAUCUCUAGGCAGACCUGGCGUGGCAGCAGCACCGUUUUCAGAUGCCUCAGAAGGCUUCCCCAGAUCUACCAAGCUUGGUCCACUCUAUCACACCUUCCAAUGCUUCUGCCUCUCCAUCCCUCUCCUCUCCAUCCCUCUCCUCUACACCCUUAUCCUCUUGAAUCCUCUCCUCUUCUAUUCUGCCCUCUUCGAUCGUACACUCGUGUUUCCCCCCUCCUCUUUUCUCCUCUUCCAUUCUCUCCACUUCCCCUCUCGUCUCAUUCCCCCUCGCAUCCUUCCCCUUCCCAUCCCUCCUCCCCUCCCUCUUCUCCCCUUCCUUCCUCCCUUCCUUCCUCCCAUCUUUCCUUCUCCUAGAAGACACCUCACCUCCUCCCUCCUCCUCCAUUCCUCCAACAACCCCAUUCCGCCUGCUACUGCUCUUCUCCAACCUUCUCACAUCGCUACUGCUCGGACUCACAAUCUCCCCCGUUCCCCUGCUACUACUCUUCCCCAUCCUCCUCCCAUCACUAAUGUUCGGACUCACAAUCUCACCUGUUCGCCUGCUACUGCUCUUCCCCAACCGUCUCCCAUCACUACUGCUUGGACUCACAAUCUCCUCCGUUCCCCUGCUACCACCACCCUCCCUCCUGCUACUGCUCUUCCCCAUUUUUCUCCCAUCACUUGGACUCACCACCUGCCCCGUUCCCCUACUACUGCCACUCUCCCUCGUACUACCACCACCAACCUCUCUCCUACUACUGCCACUCUCCCUCCUGCUGCCACCAAGCUCCCUCCUUAG